AUGUUUGGAAAGAUCGCUCUUAAAAAGGCUUAUGAGAUUGCUGGCAUGGAGGAGAAGUCCAAGCAUGAAGCCCUUCUUUAUAUCAAUUCGUCAGACCGAGAGCGGUAUAUGCGUCAAAUCAGCGACAUCAGCAACGAGCGCAUCCCUCUCUCUGAUACAUAUGGUAUUGGGUACACCAUCGUCUCGUUGACAGUCCCUGGCAUUCAGGGUAUCUACAACGCUAAAGAAGCCGAACGUCGUGCGACCGAAGCCAAUGAUUGGGCAUUUCCUGACUUGAAAAUCAUUGUCGGGCACCUUGGUGAGCAUCUGCCAUAUGACUUUUGGCGUAUCAAUCACUGGUUCGAGGAUGUCAAGAAAUCUAUCGCGAAAGAACAAGGUGGUGUCACGUGCAAGAAGACGAUCUAUGAUUACUCUAAGCAGAACAUCUGGGUAACCACAAGUGGCCAUUUCUGUACAGAGACGCUACGGUUCGUGGUGAAGCAGAUUGGCGCCGACCGUGUGUUGUUCAGCGUCGAUUAUCCGUACGAGACAAUCGAAGGCUGUUCCGCAUGGUGGGAUGGGCAUGCCGAAGAGAUCAUCCGGGCCGUGGGCGGAGUGGAGAACUAUCGAAAGAUUGGGCGGGACAAUGCGAAGGCUCAGAUGCCUCAGUUUCGUAAAGCACGGCUAUUAUACCGUGCCCUCCACGACUUCUUUCGUAUCCCCCUGUUGGAAGUUCGCGAUCCUGUUGCGCCUCGAGCGUUGAAUUUGCCCCUCCAUCUACCGACUCUGCCCCGCCAUCAGUCACUCAAAGCCAACUUUGCGACAACAGCGAACAAGGUCACGGUCGCCACCCAUCAUCAUCGACGACCACCUUAUUGGGAGAAAUUCCUGCAGCUGCAUACCAUGUCGCCCUCUGCAGUGACCAUCGACACCAGCGACGACUUCGUCUCGCCGUUCGCCAAGUCGGUCCAGAAUGGCUCUUCGGCGGCCCGCACCCUCGUCCUGGCCCCGCCAUCGAUCGCAAGCCACGAGGAGAAACUGCGCGAUGUCCUCGCCGCCCACGACAGAUCCGUCACAGAUCUCCAGAUGCUCGACAGACUAUCCGCCGGCCUCGUGUCUCUCCCCCAAGCCACAUACGAUCUGAUCCUCGUCCUGACAGAUGCCGACGGCACUCGCUCCGAGUCGUCCCUCCUGCUGAACCGAGAUGUCUUUGGAAGGAUCGUGCCGAGUCUGAAGGUCGGAGGCAAGCUGCAGGCACAGGACGGCACGUUGGGACAAGCGAGUGAGGGCGCCGACGCACGCGAGGCUGUCCUUGCUGGUCUUGUAGCCGGCCCGGACGGGUUCACCAAGGCCGAGGACGAGGAGGCGGUCGUCCCUCUCAAGUUGUCGUUUGGGAAGAACAAGAAGAAGAGUGCAGCAGGCCCCGCGGUUUCGAGUGUGACGGUGAACCAGUCAAAUGGUGCAGAUGCCAAGCUGAGCAUGGCGCCGCCUGUUUCAAAGCCGGCAGGCGUUGGCUUUGUGGAUUUUAGCGAUGAUUUUGAUGUGGACGACGACGACGACGAUAUUAUUGAUGAAGAUACCCUUUUGACGGAGGAGGACUUGAACAAGCCCCUCGCAAUCCCUGCUGAGUGUGUGCCGAAGGUGGGCAAGAGGCGGCGCGCUUGCAAGGACUGUACAUGUGGUCUGGCCGAGAAGAUUGCUGCCGAAGACGCCGCGAAGAGAGAGGAUGCAGACGCCAAGCUCAAGUCGCUAAAGCUUGGUGCUGAUGAUUUAAAUGAGGUUGAUUUCACAGUACAGGGUAAAGUUGGGUCGUGCGGCAACUGCUCUCUAGGAGACGCUUUCAGAUGCGACGGAUGUCCGUAUCUGGGAAUGCCUGCCUUCAAACCUGGAGAGGAGGUCAGAUUGCUGAAUAACGAUAUUCAGUUGUAA